UGUAUGAGCUGUGCAGAGAUGGGGUUACAGCUACUCUGAUUUCAAGGUAGAGACUAAUUUAAUUUAACAUCAGCUUUACAUCUCUCCAUCUAAACUACACAAAUACAACUCAGAUAUGUCACUGCUCUGCUUUAGAUGUUGGCUUGCAUUCCUCCUGCUCUUGCCCCCCAAAACACAUGUUUGUUUGUUUUUUGGCAAAAUAUGUAAUGAACAAUUCUGAUUAAUUUCCCAGUGGAUCCUAAAAUGUGCCCUGUGGGUAACUUCACUAAUUUAAACCUUAGUCAUAACCACGCACAUUAUAGCACAUUUUCAAGAGCAUACUGUCACAAAGUGCUUUAUUAUAAAAGAAUAAGAAUAUAGACAUAAAAUACAGACUUAAGAAGAGAAACACCAUAAAUAUAAACAUUAAUGAAUAAAAAAAUACUCCAAAUGAUCUACCUUUGUUACAUUAGAUGUGUUGUUGUUUUACAUGUAAAUGUUCAAUUUUGAAAAAGCAAAGUAAGAUAUUUUUCUAUUUGAGUUUUAUUCUGAAAAAAAAAGAAACGACCGUAAGUGUUAUGUUGCGUCACAUCCGGCACUUGACGCUGACGUCUAUGAAAAGCGGAGCGCAGCUAGCAAGACUUGCACUUUUUUUUUUAACGAGAUAUGAACGAUUUAAAGAGCGACAACGGAGUUGAAAUUUAGUUUAAAAAAAAAAAUCCUCAUUAAGUUUCAGAUAUACCAGCUUGUCCACGAACUCUGACUGUGACUAUAAUGAGCAACGCUUUAAGGUUGCCAGGCUAACUAGCUAGCAAGCUAGCUAACGUUACUACUCACGAUAGUAACGUUAGCGUUGAAUGAACUGCUGAGUUAACGGAAACAAUGUCAGAGGAGGAGGGAUAGGAAAGAAACUCUCACACCUAAUCACUAGUUAUCCACUAUAUUUAACUAGCGGACAGUUUUAGCUGAAAAAAGAGGUCAACAACACCAGAAUGUGACAGUUAAUUACUGCAAACAAAGCGUCUCUCGUGUUCAGUAUACAUCUCCGUGUGAGCCUGGCCAUCACUUCACCACCAUCAUGCCUUUCUUGUUCCUGGAGCGGUUUCCCUGGCCCAGUUUACAGACAUACACGGCGCUGAGUGCUGCCCUGCUGGCCGGGACCGUCCUGACCUUCUGCUCCUCCGAGUCCCGCUCACAGUCCAGCCCGGAGGAGACCCACAGACACCCGGUCCAAAGCUCCAGGCUCAGCCGCUACAUCCGGGAUGGUGGACUGUAUCUGAGCGCAGGGUAUGCAGAUGUGGCUGCAGAUGUUCUGCUGUACCUGCUGACUGACAGUGUCUUUGUUUGGGUGAUGGUAAACACAGCCUGCUGUGUCUUGCUGCUCAUCGGCAAACUCAUCCAGUGUGUCGUGUUCGGGUCUCUCCGCGUCAGUGAAAAACAGCACCUGAAGGACAAGUUCUGGAACUUCAUCUUCUACAAGCUGAUCUUUGUGUUCGGCGUCCUGAACGUCCAGACGGUGGAGGAGGUGGUGAUGUGGUGGCUCUGGUUCUCCGUCCUGGUCUUCCUCCAUCUCCUGGUUCAGCUCUGCAAGGACCGCUUUGAAUAUCUGUCCUUCUCUCCGACCACUCCUCUGUCCAGCCACGCUCGGGUGCUGCUGCUGUUGGUGCUGCUGCUGUUGUGCUGCGGUGGUCUGGCGACCCUCUGCAGCCGGCUGGUUCGCAGUCAAGGCCGCCACACCGCCGCAUUCAUGGCUGCUGAGUGUAUGUUGGUGACGGUCAUGACCACACACGUCAUGUUUCGGUACUCCAUCCACCUGUGGGACGUGAACCAGGAGGGCAGCUGGGACAAUAAAUCCUCCUAUGUUUACUACACCGACCUGCUGAUGGAGCUGCUGUUACUGGGCCUGGACCUGCUGCAUCACAUCCACAUGCUGGUCUUCAGUAACAUCUGGUUGUCCAUGGCGAGUCUGGUGAUCUUCAUGCAGCUUCGUUUCCUGGUUCAGGAGGUUCAGAAGAGAAUUCGCCGCCACCACAACUACCUGCGAGUCCUCCGCAACAUGGAGACCCGGUUUACUGUGGCGUCUGCAGAUGAACUGGCAGCCAAUAACGAUGACUGUGCGAUCUGCUGGGAUGUGAUGAGUUCGGCUCGGAAACUGCCCUGCGGUCACCUCUUCCACAGCUCGUGUCUGCGCUCCUGGCUCGAACAGGACACAUCAUGUCCGACAUGUCGGAUGUCCCUGAACAUCGGUGAAAGACAUGUGGAGAGGGAGACCAGGGAGGCCACCGCUGACAACGUGGCUGCUGGCCCCGGUGUCGACACUCAGCCGCACCUCAACCAGCUCAACCACUUCUUCCACUUUGAUGGUUCUCGUAUUGCCAGCUGGUUGCCCAGUUUCUCAGUGGAAGUUAUGGCCACGGCCAACUUUUUAGGCGUUGCACCAACCAACCCGUCUCAGAUCAACACCAUGGCUCAGCAGAUCCAGGAGAUGUUUCCUCAGGUUGCCCUCCAGCUGAUUAUGCAGGACCUGGAGAUGACUCAAUCCCUCGAGGUCACCACCAACAACAUCCUGGAGGGACGAAUCCAGACAGCCGCGUCGCCACUGGUCUUUGAGCAGCCGGUCAUACAGAUAACUCCUCCACCUGAGGACGAGGGCGGAGCCAGCAGCGAGUCAGAGCAGGAAGAGGAGGACGAGACGGAGGACGAGGAGGAAGAUGAAGAGGCAGCGGAGAAGGUGGAGGUUCAGUUUUCUACGUCAGCGGAGCAGCGACAGAAACUGCUGCUGCAGAGGAAGGAGGAGCUGCUGCAGCGAGCGCGCAGGGACUAUCUUCUGACCCGGAGCACCAGGUCCCACACGGGAAGCCACGAGUCCUCCGACAGCGACGCUUUGACCUUCGACCCCGUGACCCUGCGGCGGGAAACAUUAGCGGCGGCGGCAGAGCGACGCCUGCAGAGACCGUCUGACUCCGCCCACUGAGCACAGACAGGAAGCUGGUAUAAGAAGCAGGAUCCAGGAAGUCUCGCUUGAUGUUAAGUGGUACAGACAACCCUGGAAAAAAAACCAAGACACUCUGACUUCAGGUGAAAUAAUAUUAUACAUUUGUUCUUCGAGCAUAUAGACAAUCAAAAAAAAAGGAAGCUGGUAUAGUUUUACUGUCUGUGGCUGCGUUUUCAUACCUGAAUGAACAAACUACUGGCCUCUGCUGAUGAUAAUGCUAAGAAAUGAAUACACUUAUUAAAUGACAACUUAGAAAGGGGCUGCAGUUCAGACCAUCGUGCAGUAACUAAAUUGAUCACUGAAGACGCCAGCAGACGACAAGUGAUUGAUCAGGUUACACAUUCGCUUUACUGUAACGAAUCAAAGCAGCGUGUCCCGGCGUCGGUAGAAAUAGAACAUAUCUCUGUUUGGGAAAUGUUGAAGAUUUCAGCUGGAUAUUUGUGAGGAAUAAAGUCGCUGCACAGGUCAGAGCGCCCGCAGUGCUGCCGGUUAAACGCCGUUAGUUUGAGGUUGGAAAUGUAGCGGCUGGAUGCACAUUAACUGAACCCCUAUUUUAACGUCCGUAGCUUCGUGUAGCAUCAGUUCCUCUGGUCAGAGCGCUAUUUCAGGGAGGAGCUGCUCCUCCAAAACCUCCUGUGGCCGAUCCUCGGUGGAUCACACAGUUAUAAUGUAGCAGCUGUACAUGGGAGCUGGAAAACAGAUUUUGACUUUUGGGUUGCAGGUCUGUGCAGGACCAACAGACAGAAACUAAAACGAGUGCAUCAAGGACUGUCUGUGGGACACACAAGUUGUUUUUCCUGUAGGCUUUGUGUCAAACCUCAAAUAUCGAAAUCUGUCAUCAAAUGCUUGGCAAGAGAAUUAGUUUGUUUAUUCUUUCCCUUCUUUACUUUUUAAUAACCAUAAUUAGUUAAUUUCAGGGUUUAUUUAGGUGGAGCUCUUUUGUGUUAAGACACAAACACUGAUGCAUUUGAAAAGUUUGGCUUAUUUUGUUAAAUAGAAAAUGGCUGAAAGUUUGUAAUUCUCCAAGUAAGGCACAGAAAAAUGUGUUGUUUUGGUAUUGAUACCCAAAGAUUUCACCAUGUCUGGAAAGGUUUCUGGGGCUGACCUGCCUGCCGUGUACAUGUACAGAUCACUUGUGUUACACAAAAACACAGGAAGGGAGAGUCAGUGGGAAAACUGUAGGACGGAGCUUUUAGGAGACGACUAAACUGAACUUUGUCGCAUAGAGUAUCAAAAACUGUCAAGUAUGAAAAUUUGGCCCAGAAGAUUUAGUCGCAUCUUCUUUGAUCUGAUAUUUCCCGAUUUUUAUAACAUUAUUUUGUUACAUUUAUAUUCUAUUUCAUUUAGGUAAACGUCUACUUCAGCAGUUUGGUACACACAUGCAUUUAGGAACGUUUUGCUAAACGGAGGCCGUGUUGGAAAUGUGUUUGUGUUCAGCAAAUUAAAAAGUUGUAUAAAGUUUUGUAUCGGCGCAGCUGACACCCGACCCCCAAACCAGAGUUGUUGGUUUUAAGUGUUCAACUUUAAUUGCCCCGAAGCUGCACUGCAUUCUGGUUUCUUUUUCUCUAAAAUUGAUCUCUCUGCAUCCUCUAUGAUGGAUUCGUCCAUCCAAGUGUUUCAGAUAGGGAUAGACUGAUUUAUCAGUAUGUUAUUGAUCAGCUGAUGUUUAACUUUCACCUGUAACAACUUCAACUCUGUUGAACGGGUUACAAAACUCCCUGCAGGUGGUUUUUAUGUUUAUUGAUUGUAUUUGUCUCGCUAAAAGUCAAAUACUGGGGCCGACAGAACAGCAAGUGAUUUAUGUUUGUGUUCUUUGUAGAAGACCUACAAUACAAAGUGUUCAAAACAUUCUCGUCUGUCCGGGAAAAUAUACAAAAGUAUUUUGAUAGUUAGAGAAAAAGAUGAAGAAUACAGUAUAUAGGAGAUACAUGCUACGUAUUAGAAAUUUGCUUUCUGAAUGAACAGUAAUGACAUUGGAAAUCCAGUAUUGGUCUAUUUAAAAAGGUGGACCUUUCCUUUAAUCUGCCAUCGUUAUUUAUGUGGUUUCAAUUCAUUCUAGCAGGUUUAGCUACAGAUAAGGUAACAAUGUUUUAAAAACAUGACAAACAGAAGUGAUUCUCCUUUUCCCCUCCGUACUGUUUAAUCAUUUAAAAUGACUCAAAGUGUAGAAUUUCUGCGCGUUAGUGUUUUAUUAUGUUGUGGUCAGACUGUAUCUGUUCGUACUGGGUUUAAUGGUUUUGUUUUUGCACGUCGGCACCUUCAAGGUUUCAGCUCUUUUUCUUUGUUCUUCCUCAUCUGGACUUGUUCCCGUUUACAGAUUGUAAAAAUACUUAGAAAAAGAUAAAUGGAAUAAAAUUUUGUACAGAGAUUUAAGAAAUAUUGAGUUUUGGAAAAUAAAUAACGCUGUUGUACAGUUUGACUGUUGAAGCUGAACCAAUAAAUUCAUAAAUCAGA